CCGGAAGCGGCGUUCGCUCUCGUAAAUUGGCUGUAGCAACUGUUGCUGGGGAGCCGGGGGAUGGACGCUGGGUGCAAGCAAACGGCCUGAGGGAAACCAGAGAAAUAGUUCUAGGACGGCUGUACAGAAACCUUCACGAUGGCCACCCCCGCAGAUGAAACGGCAGCAGAUCUCCCUGUGAGGGAUUUCGGUCCAAGCAUUUCAGAUGCCGUUUCUCCCCAGAGCGCAAAGGCAAGACAAGCCGUUGCACGCAUUUCCAGGCAAGAGCUGGAAGAUAGAUAUUUGCGCAUUCACGAUGAGAACCUGUUGCUUAAACAACAUGCACACAAGCAAGAGGAUAAAAUAAAGAGAAUGGCCACAAAGCUUAUACGACUUGUGCAAGACAAAAAGAAAGUCGUGCAAGGGUCUGGAGUCGUGAGACGGUCUGGGAGGGAUGUGGAGCUGGAGGAAAUGAUUGAGCAGCUGCAGGAGAAGGUCCGGGAGCUUGAGAAGCAGAACGAGAGCUUACAGAACCGCCUAAUAGCUGCAAAGCAGCAGCUUCAGACCCAGGGACACCGACACACCCCGUACAAUUACAUCCAGUCCCGUAUAAACUCUGGCCUGAAAAAAGUCAACGAGAAUGUUCUCAUGCAAGAAAACGUCCGCAAAGGAAUGCGUUUGCAGAAUUCUGAUUUUACCCCAAGAUCUACUCAAGCACCACUUCCAAGAUAUGGGCACAGUUUGCUUGAAGAAGCCAAAGCAGAGAUAAGAAAUCUUGAAAAUGUGGUGGAGUCACAGCGGAGUCAGAUAGAGGAAUUGGAGCACUCAGCGGAGAUUCUCAGGGAUGAACUGCAAAGGAAGGAAAAGGACUAUGAAGAAACUUUCCUACAACUUAGAGAGCAGCAAACAAGUGGUCAAAGGACAACAAUCAAAGAGAAUGUCCUUACGAUUAAACUCCAGAAACAGCUAGCAGACAAGAGCAGGGCUUUCACCGAGCUGGAGAGCAAGUUCCAUCUGCUCCAAGACAAUUUAAAAGCCAUGAAAGCGAGUCAAGAAGCAUUUGUGAGUGAAGUAGAAAGCCUUAAUGGCCAGCUAAAAGAAGAGCGCCUGAAGAACUUUCACCUGGAGAAGCAAGUGCAGUCUAACACCUUCUCCCAGCGAAGGAUUGAAGAGCUUCUUGAUCGAAUCAGUGACUUGGAGAAGGAACGGGAUCUCUUGAAGCAAAACUCUGACAAACUGUUCAACAGCGCCUUUGAAGUUAGCAACAGUCAAGAACAACAACGGAAGAUGAGGGAACAGCAGCUGAAACUUCAGAUUGCCCAGCUGGAGGCCGCCCUUAGAUCCGACCUUGCGGAUAAAAAUGAGAUUCUUGAUAGAAUGAGAAGAGAGCGAGAACAAGCUGAGAAACUUGAUGAAGAAAACAGAAAACUCCAGCUGCGUUGUCUAGAACAGAAGCAUCAGCUUGAUGAAUUUCAGAACAAGCUGAAGUUUUUCACAAAGGAGAGCGAUGUCGACGUGACCGAACUCAGCGAAGCCUUGAUGCUUAUAAAGGCACGCAAGCAGCAAAGGAAUGGAGAUCUAAUGUUUUUGGAAAAGGUGGAGGAUGAUGUCAAUAAAGACCUUGAAAAAUCAUUAAGAAACUUACAGGCGAACCAUGCCGAGACCAUCCAGGAGUUGGAGAAGACCAGAAACAUGUUGAUAAUGCAACAUAAAAUCAACAAGGAUUAUCAGGUUGAAGUAGAAGCAGUGACGCAGAAGUUGGAGGACAUACGUCAAGAUUAUGAAGUAAAGUUGGAGCAGUAUGCUCACCUCCUUGAUGUCAGAGCAGCACGGAUACGCAAACUAGAAGCCCAGCUGAAGGACAUUGCAUAUGGCACAAAGCAAUACAAGUUUACACCAGACGUAACACCAGAUGAUGACGUGGAAGAAUUUGAUGAAUCAUUGCACUUACAAAGGGGUGAAAAUCUUCUUGAGAUCCAUAUAUCCAAGGCAGUUUUCUCUCCAGCAGCUGGCAACAGCUUCGGAGACCAGGAACCUGCUACCUUCUGCACAUAUGCUUUUUAUGACUUUGAACUCCAAACCACACCCGUUGUGCGUGGUUUGCAACCAUCCUAUGACUUUGGUUCUCAAUAUCUGGUACGAGUUGAUGACUUUUUCCUACAGUACUUGCAAAAGAACAGUGUAAGGUUGGAGGUCCACAUGGCAAUUGGCACUGAUUAUAGGACAGUUGCUGUAUGUCAGCUGAGAUUCCAUGAUAUUCUGGAGAAGACUGGGAGGAUAUAUUCCAGCGCUGUGCUGGUUGGAGCUGACAAUGACAUUAAUAAUUACGGUACAGUGGAGUAUUGGAUUAGGCUAAAUGUUCCCAUGGAGCAAGCUGUUCGACUCUAUAAAGAACGUGCGAAGGCCCUUGGCUAUAUUACAUCAAACCUUAAGGAACCACUUCAGAAUAAUCAAGCGUUAGAGGUGAGAAAAGCAGAGACCCUUGGCCUGAAAGAAGACAAUGUCAAUGAGCUGUUUAUUACCAUAAAUAGCUGCAGCAAUUUACAGCCCGGGACCAGUUUACAGCAACCCAGCCCUUAUGUUGCCUACACAUUUUUUCACUUCAGUGACCACUACACUCCUAUCAUUACAAGCAGCAACAAUCCUCAAUUCGAAGAUCACAAGUGCUUUCCGGUACCAAUGACUGCUGAUUUGGACCGAUAUCUGAAGUCCGAUUCCCUUGUUUUGUAUGUAUUCGAUGAUGAAGAAAUGAGCAGUGCCUACCAUGGUAAAGCCAGGGUUCCCCUCAUCCCGCUUGCUCAUGAUAAAUGCGUCUCAGGUACUUUUCAGCUUACAGAUAUUAAGGGGAAUGAAAGAGGAACGAUUAAGGUUACUUUGAAGUGGAAAUCCACAUACCUGCCACCAAGUGAAACCGUUCUGACAGGACCAUUGGUGGAUGAGCUGCCAAAGGAAAUAGCAGUACCUGUGCGCUUACUGAAAGAUGAAGACGUGCAGGCCCCAAAGCGGAAAACCUUAGAGCCUGUUCCUGCUGCACCAAUGCCGAAGCCAAGGGCACGAGAAUCUGCAGCAGACAAGAAAGUCUCUUUCACUGAAGCCAUGGAAACCCUGGCACCAAUGCCGAAGCCAAGGACACCGAAAUCUGCAGCAGACAAGAAAGUCUCUUUCACUGAAGCCAUGGAAACCCUGAAUCCCGUUGAUCGUACUGUUGAGGACGAAAAGACAAGGAUGAAUAAAAAUCCAGUAACAGUCCUAAACAUUUCUGAGACAAAACACGACACAUUUGCUGACAAAGGGUUUAGUGGAGAGCGGCUGAACAAAACUGUGGAUGAGAAGGAAAAGAGGUCUCCAUCUUCAGACGACAAGUACGAAGCUGAACGUUUUGACACGUCAGAAGAUGAAGUAACAGAUUUAGAGGCAGAAGAUCAUGAUGGACGACAAACAACAGAUGGAAACGAAUCUACAGAAAGUGACAGUGAUGACUGCAUCAUCCCAGUAGCGCAGGAAGUGAAACCAUUGUCAGAGAGAAUCCACAUUGAGAUCAUAUCCUUGGGUUUGGAUGUCAAUUCAGAAGCUGCACAGAAUGAAACCAUAAAGAGAUUGUUUGUGGAAUAUAAAGUGUGCAAUCUGCCAGCUGAAGAGACCCCGGUUUCCCUCCCAAAACCCACGAAUGGGAAGAAGAUCCACUACAAUUACUCCAGCGUGAUUCAUCUGGAUAAGUCAAGUAAUAAAGAAAAUCGGGACUCAAUAAAAUCUGUACUACAGGAUCCUAAUUCCAGCAGUGCAAGCAUUAAAUUCACGGUGGUUAGUGACCCGCCUGAAGAUGAGCAGGACCUGGAGUGUGACGACAUAGGCUUUAGUAGUGUCAGCCUGAGGGAUAUAUUACAGACUGGUCAAGAUGUCCUCAACAGAGACCUUGAAAUUUAUGAUUCAGUGUCUGGAGAGAAGAUAAUUGGUAAGAUGACCGUGACGGUGGAAGCCGCAGAGGCGCUUCGCUCAUUGAUUCGGGAUUAAAAAGACAGCUAUGUAUGGAAAAAGGGAUUGCAGAACUUGGUUGCUUCCUCCAGAUUUGUUCCAGUUUUGAUCCUAAAAAACGGCUUUUAAUAUGUUGAUGAUAAAGUGAAUUUAAUAGAGAAACCCAGGCCGCAUAUCGCUUACCCAAACCCACGUUUUUCACUUUAAUAAUCACAUUCUUGUUGUUUUCAAUCAAGCGCAAAGUCACAUAAAUAUUUAACAGUUGCUAAAAGAGGUUCUCUGCAUGAAAUACUUGGCAAAUGUUUUUAUUGCAAGAAUGUGUGCGAAAAUGCUAACAUUUGGUGUUAUGUCGAAAACUAUACAUUUUCACGCUAUUUUACCUGGCAGAACAAUAUAGGUUUGAACUGUCUGCAAAAGGGAAAAAAAAAAAUCAAGGGAAUUUUUUUUAUUUGCAUUGGUUUAUGGUUUCCCUUUGAUAUCAUUAUAUUAUGAUGUAUGUACAGAUUUUAUAUACAGUAUAUACCAGUUCCCUUAAUUUGCAUAUUUAUGAUUAAAAUAUCUAAAUUUUCU